AGCGUCUCCGCCCUCGCAGGCGGGGACCCCCGGCAGCGGCGACCGCGGGGCCCGGGCCGGCCCCGGAGCGAGCGGGAGCGCGCGGCGCGCCCCGGAUCCCGGGGGCCGGAGCGAUGUUCCCCAAGGAGGCGACGUGGAACAUCUCGUUCGCGGGCUGCGGCUUCCUGGGCGUCUACCACGUCGGCGUGGCCUCCUGCCUCCGCGAGCACGCGCCCUUCCUGGUGGCCAACGCCGCGCACAUCUACGGCGCCUCGGCCGGGGCGCUCACGGCCACGGCGCUGGUCACCGGCGUCUGCCUGGGCGAGGCAGGUGCCAACAUCAUCGAGGUGUCUAAGGAAGCCCGGAAGCGGUUUCUGGGUCCACUGCACCCCUCCUUCAACCUGAUAAAGACUAUCCGUGGCUGCCUGUUGAAGACCCUGCCUGCUGACUGCCAUGAACGUGCCAGCGGGCGUGUGGGCAUCUCCCUGACCCGCGUCUCUGAUGGCGAGAACGUCAUUAUAUCCCACUUCAGCUCCAAGGACGAGCUCAUCCAGGCCAACGUCUGCAGCACCUUCAUCCCUGUGUACUGCGGCCUCAUCCCUCCGGCCUUCCAGGGCGUACGCUAUGUUGACGGCGGCAUCUCAGACAACCUGCCACUCUACGAGCUCAAGAACACCAUCACCGUGUCCCCCUUUUCGGGAGAGAGUGACAUUUGCCCACAGGACAGCUCCACCAACAUCCAUGAGCUCCGGUUCACCAACACCAGCAUCCAGUUCAACCUGCGUAAUCUCUACCGCCUGUCCAAGGCCCUGUUCCCGCCCGAGCCCACGGUGUUGCGAGAGAUGUGCAAGCAGGGCUACAGGGACGGGCUGCGUUUUCUGAGGCGGAACGGCCUCUUGAACCGGCCCAACCCCCUGCUGGCGCUGCCCCCUGCCUGCCCCCAUGCCCCAGAGGACGAGGAUGUGGAGGAGGCCCAGGGGGCCCUAGUGAAGGGUCCCUUGCAGCCACCCCUGGAGGAUCACAUCCUGGAGCAUCUGCCUGCGCGGCUCAAUGAGGCCCUGUUGGAGGCCUGCGUGGAGCCCAAGGACCUGCUGACCGCGUUCUCCAACAUGCUGCCUGUGCGUCUGGCCACAGCCAUGAUGGUGCCCUACACUCUGCCCCUGGAGAGUGCUGUGUCCUUCACCAUCCGCUUGCUGGAGUGGCUGCCUGACGUCCCUGAGGACAUCCGGUGGAUGAAGGAGCAGACAGGUAGCAUCUGCCAGUACCUGGUGAUGCGUGCCAAGAGGAAGCUGGGAAGCCACCUGCCCUCCAGGCUGACGGAGCAGGUGGCGCUGCGUCGCGCCCAGUCACUGCCGUCUGUGCAGCUGUCCUGUGCCGCCUACAGCGAGGCACUGCCCAGCUGGAUGCGCUCCGGCCUCUCGCUAGGGGACGCACUGGCCAAGUGGGAGGAGUGCCAGCGCCAGCUGCUCCUGGGCCUUUUCUGCACCAACGUGGCCUUCCCCCCUGAUGCCCUGCGCAUGCAUGCCCCCGCCGGUCCUGCCCCUGAGUCCCCACAGCUCCCACCCGGCUCGCCCCCUUGCUGAGUGCACCCCCCCCCGCCCUCCCUCAGCCCUCGGGGUCCCGGUGCUGAGGGCUGGGCCCCCAGCUUCCCUGCCCCGUGAGGUGGGGCCCUGGGGCGGGCUGGGCCUCUCUCCAGGACUCCUGCACAAGUAAGGAGAUGGGGUCCCUCACAGCUGCUAGAACGGGACUGGCCGUCGACCCCCCACCGACCACUCACCCCUCACCUGUGCCUUCAUCUCCCCCUGAGGCCCCUCCCCGGCCCGGGGCGCCCCGGUCCGAGCAGUGUUACUCCUGAGAGCUUUGCACCUGCUCCUCCCUCAUUUGCCACGUUUCGCCGAAGAACCUUUGUGAGGAAUUAUUUAUUUUCGCCAAAGCAGUUAUAAUAAAUGCCACAGCUCAGCCCCUGCCUCCUUCACUUCAUGUGACUCCCCGGCCACAGGGCCCUGCUGUCCUGCAGCCUGGCAUUCAGGGCCUGCACCCGGCCCGAGUCCUGGCCCGCUUCUCUGCUGGGACUCCUCUGUCCGGCCCGCUUUGCCCCGAGGCGUGCUGCCUGACCCUUGGGCACGGCUUUCCAAGGCCCAGUGGAAAUACCAGGACCAAGAUCCUUGCUAAAUAAAAACUGAGAAAUGUUUACAAAA